AUGUUCAGGCUUAGUGGCAUUGCCCAAAAUACUGUUCGUAGAGUUUAUACACCUUCUUUGAUACCCGUCGUGUCUCAAGUUUCUCGCAAUUUUUCCAGUACAAAAAUCAAAAAUUAUGAUCUACCACCAAUGCCAACACAUUCAUCAAAAGUUCAGUCGGCCAAAAAAAUAAAACCUCCAACUUAUCUUGAUAAAACAGCACAAUUAUUCUUUUUUACUGAAAUGUUAAGAGGCAUGUGGGUAGUAUUAGAGCAGUUUUUUAGACCUCCUUAUACAAUUUUUUAUCCCUAUGAAAAAGGACCAUUGAGCCCUAGGUUUAGAGGUGAACAUGCUCUAAGAAGAUAUCCUACAGGUGAAGAAAGGUGCAUAGCUUGUAAAUUAUGCGAGGCCAUUUGCCCUGCGUUGGCUAUUACAAUUGAGGCAGAAGAGGCUUGCCCAGUUGAUGCAAUCGUUGAAGGGCCUAAUUUUGAGUAUUCAACAGAAACGCGUGAGGAAUUAUUAUACAACAAAGAGAAACUUCUUGCCAAUGGUGACAAAUGGGAACCUGAGAUUGCAAAAAACUUGCAAGCGAAUUCAUAUUAUGUGUGA